AGAAUGCCUUCCAUCAUCAAAGCUCUCACUCUCCACGCUCUGCUGACUGGAGCCUUCAUGUCCCAAGCUGCCCUCGCUAGCCCCCUGUUUGGCUUCAAUCCUCGUGAUACCAUUGUUGAUGAGGGAUUUACUGGCGAGGACUCCACCUUCGACAUCUUCGACAAGCGGGGCAAGACAUCCCCGAAGCUGGCCACGGCAGACUUUCCCAGCAAGAGCCACGCCUGCCCCAAAACCGACAAAUACACGGAGACCACCUACACUUCCGGACAGCUCACAAAAGCCUACGUCGAGGCUGUCAAGUAUGCGAAUGAGGGCAAGCAGAUUGGGAAAAACAAGUACCCGCACGGCUACGCGAACCACGACAAGCUACCUUUCGAGUGCGGCUCGAGCAAGAUGGAGUUCGUUCUGGACCGCGAGGAUCCCGCUCGGGUCUUCAACGGCGGCGACGUCACGGCGCUGCCGGAUCGGGUGAUCUUCGAGUAUACUGGAUCGGGCAAGACUGCGAAAGCGCGGUUCUGUGGCGUGAUUCGUCACGCUGGUAAAGGGCUCGCCGACUGUCCCGCUACUUGAGUAGCGAUCUUCAUAUUGUCAGGAGUUGUUACUGUCUUGCGGCAAUCGAGGAUUCGUGUGUCGUGGUAAUAGGGGUAUAGAGUUGUGUAAUGGAAUCCUUUAACGGCGAUGGGAUGGGCCCGUAGCUUGAUAUGUUUGGCAUGACGGUUGAAAGGCGAAGAGCCAAGGGCUAACUAAGUGCCUACCUUAUCGUCAAUUUUCAACAUUAGAUUGACUAUAAUGUCACUGCGCCAAAUACUAAGAGAACCGGGCUCAAAAUGCCAAGGAG